UGUGAAGAUGGUUCACACAGGCCUGAGGUUGGAGUGAGUUCUCUUGGUUACAGCCUCUCAGUGUCAGCAGACAGUAGGCAAUAAGCUUUCUGAUUUGUUGGCACGCAUCUCAGAGCAGAUCCAAGAAGUGGUAACCUUCUGGGAGAAAAACCAAGGCAGCAAGUUGUUCAACCACCUGUUAGCUGUCAGCAAAAGUAUCCAGGCCCUGGGUUGGGUGGCUGUGGCACCCAAGCCUGGUCCCUAUGUGAAACAAAUGAAUGAUGCUGCCAUGUUUUAUACAAACUGAGUCCUCAAGGAAUACAAAGAUGUCAAUAAGAAGCAUGUGGACUGGGUCAAAGCUUACUUUAUGGACAGAGCUACUGGCUUACAUUAAGGAGUUCCAUACCACUGGACUGGUCUGGAGCAAAACAGGGCCUGUGGCAAAAUAACUGAGUGGAUUGCCAUCUGGACCUUCUGCUGAAUCAGGUCCUCCUCCUCCCCCACCAGGCCCACCUCCCCCACCAGUCCCCACCAGUUCUGGCUCAGAUGAGUCUGCUUCCCACUCAGCACUGUUUGUACAGAUUAACCAGGGGGAAAGCAUCACACAUGCCCUGAUACAUGUAUCUGAUAACAUGAAGACUCACAAGAACCCUGCCCUCAAGGCUCAGAGUGGUCCAGUACGAAGUGGACCCAAACCAUUCUCUGCAUCUAAACCAGGAGUCAGCCCAUCCCCCAAACCAACCACAAAGAAGGAGCCAGCUAUACUUGAACUGCAGGGCAAGAAGUGGAGAGUGGAACAUCAGGAGAAUGUUUCCAACCUGGUGAUUGAUGACACAGAGCUGAAACAGGUGGCUUACAUAUUCAAGUGUGUCAAUACAACAUUGCAAAUCAAGGGCAAAAGUAACUCCAUUACAGUAGAUAACUGUAAGAAACUCGGUCUGGUGUUCGAUGAAGUGGUGGGCAUUGUGGAGAUAAUCAAUAUUAGAGCAAACUUCAUGUAAUGGGUAAAGUGCCAGCCAUUUCCAUCAACAAAACAGAUGGCUGUCAUGUUUACCUGAGCAAGAAUUCCCUGGAUUGCGAAAUAGUCAGUGCCAAAUCUUCUGAGAUGAAUGCCCUCAUUCCUACAGAAGGCGGUGACUUUAAUGAAUUCCCAGUCCCUGAGCAGUUCAAGACCCUAUGGAAUGGGCAGAAGUUGGUCACCACAGAGACAGAAAUUGCUGGAUAAGAGAAGUGCCACUGGGUUCUUUGCCCCCUCCCUCACACCUUGGGAUAAAUCUGUAUCAAGACAGUUCUUUUCUAGAUUUCCUCUACCUUUCUGCUCUUAAACUCCUUCUUCACUCUGAGAAGCACAGCUACCUGUCUUCACUGAAAUAUACCUCAGGCUGAGAUUUGGGUAGGAAAGCAGGUCAGUUGAUCUUUUGCAGGAAGGUGCAGCUUUUCCAUGUCAGCUCAACAACACCACCAGCCCAUUCUUAAGGAACUGCACACCAGGACUUGUGUGUUUUAGCUUUCAGCCUUUGGGAGUUAUUUGACCAACAGUCUUUUGGGAAGAAUAAAGCAGUCCCCAGGAAUUAAAAGAUCAGAAUGUUCACAUAAGUUCAUCUUCUUCUAACAAUGCAACGAAGGUAGCAAAGGCUGGUGUGAUUCUAGCUGGUUCUUCUAACCAAACUAAUUUUUCACUGUUGACAGGUGAUGCAGGAGUCACACUGGACCAAAGGCUAAAGCUUGGCCAUCUAGCAUUCCAAGCAAAAUUGAUUCCUGUAGGCAUUCCUUUUAUUCUGCAUUCCAUCCUGGGUCUGCCUGAACCUGAGAGAGUAGGUUCCCCUGUAUCAGCUGCUGGGAAGAGCCCUGCACCCAGGCCAGUUAAAGGAGUCUUGGACCCUUUCUUUCACUGGGAUCCCUGCCCAGCACCUUCCUACAGAGAUGACUUAAACAAAAACAAAAA